CCCAAACCCACGUCCGUAAAGAUAUUUAGACUUAUUAUAACUAACGUCUUAUGAAGAGGUCGACGAUAAAAUAAUCAUAAAUGGCGUCUAAAUUUCAGUCUUCUGUUUUUAAUGGAUCUGAUUCAUUAGUUACCUUCCAUUGUCUGGCUUGUAAGACAUCGGAGGCUCGGUUUUACUGUGAUGAAUGCUUAAAUGUUUACUGCGAUAGCUGUGUGAAACUUCACAAUCAGCUUUUCAAGGACCAUCGUGUGUUUGACAGAGAACAAGAAUGCACAUGUCCACUGACCAAGUCUACAAUGGAAAUCUUAGAGAGGUGUUCGGACCACAGCGAUGAGAGAAUCAAACACUACUGUGAAGACCAUGGUCAACUUUGUUGCGAUGUUUGCAUUGCGUUGAACCACACAGAAUGCAGCGAAGUAACACUGGUUGCUGAGUCAAAAAAACUUCCUUCAUCGGGCGACGUUCAACAGCUGUCAUCGAACAUUAAGAAAAUAAAAGAUCAAUUGAACAAGCGACAAGAAAGUGCAGAGUCGAAUUUUCAGUCUCUGAAGGAAAAAAUCAAUCAAAUGAAAGCAGAAAUAAGCACAGUGCGCCAGAAAUUAAAUGUUGAAUUGGACCGGUUGGAGAAUGAAACACUUCAGGAACUAGAAGACUUGAUUUCAACCUUUAGAGACGAAAUAACAACAAAUAGAGAUCACAUUAUUGACCUUCAGGUGAAACUGCAGCGUCUCAGUGCUUCCGUUAAAGAGGUUUGCAUGAAGAACAACGACAAUCUUUUCAUAGCAGUUGAACAAUGUAAACAGAAAAUACAGCAAUGCGAUUUAUUUCUUCAAAGUGGUUUUUUCAACGACAAAUUUUACUUUGAAUUCACCAAUGACUUGGAUAAUCACUUGUCAAAAAGGAAAGGUCUAGGGAGAUUUGAACAGCCAAAUAAGGUUAUAUCACUGCAGGGGAAGUCAGAAUAUAUGUUAAAAACAGAUAAAAGGGUCGGUGAUUUUUGUUCGAUCAGCUUUCUUCCAAUUGGUGUGACACUGGCUCUUGACAGAAGAAACGAACUUUUGCUAUUAUUUGACCAACAGUACAAGUAUGUAGAUAACAUCAACGUGCCAGGAGUUUUAUAUGACAUGUGUCUCAUUUCAACAUGUGAAGUGGCAGUUUGUUGUGAUGUGAAAGACCGACAUGAAGUACAUUUCUACUAUGUAAAACAUAUGGAGCUCUUUAAGGGUGAAGUGCUACAACUACCUCACAGUUGUGUUGGGAUUGCAUGCCAUCAGAAUAAUCUCUACGUGAGGUCCAGGUUUGCUCUUUAUCACUACCUGAUUAGUGGAAAACUUGUCAAGAAGCUGUAUGAAAACGAGAAAAACGCACAUUGGGGUUAUCUGAAAGGUAACACGUGUGCUGUCAACCUCUCCGGCGACAAGAUCUACCUUAUCAAUGAAUCCAAUCUGCUGACACGGUCUACGACAGAUGGAACCAUUCUUUCCUCCUUUACUGACUCGGAACUAUGCUAUUUUACUGCAGUUCAUGUUACACCUGGUGGACAGGUGUUGGUAUAUGGUAAAUCACGGAAUAAAGAAGGUUCCUUACUUACUAUCAUACAGGUGGACCACGAGGGAAAGAAGAAGCUGGCUACUCUGACUUCGGAGAAGGAUCCAGAUCGUGACAACUGGCUUAACUUAAGCUUUAAUUGUAACACCGAGUCAAUUAUUGUUGGGUUUGGAAAGAAGGAUUGAAGGUAUACAACGGAUGUUAAAAUCGUUGUUUUAAAAAUUAAAUAAAUGUAAGCAGAGACACAAUACAAUAUUGUAUAGAAAGAAAGAAACACUGACAUUGAUUUUGUUUUUGUUUAAUGUAUGCGUGACAAUGCACAAUCGACAUUUUAAUUAACGUUUUAAGUAUGUGUACGAUUCACAUCAAGAUGUCUUUCUAUAUUUAUGCGACUGGCAUAUAUGUAUGUUUUUCUUUAUAUAUGAAAAUGUCAAAAAUGGUCAGAUAGAUAAGUAUAUGGACAUAAUGACGCCAUUUAUAGCAAUCAAAGCGACUGGAAAUAUGCAAAAAAUUUUUUUACUGAUUAACAAAACAAAAAAAAACGAGUUUUACUUAAAGUUACAGCUUGUCUCGACCCUUUGUUUAUAACGGGUGGUUUAUAUUCACUUUUUAUGAUAUCAUUUGUUGCGAAGACUUUAUCGUGGUGUCCGCUGUUUUUUAUUUUCAAAUUAUAAACUUUAGGCAUUGUGGAAUUGAUAUAAUUUUAUGUGUGCAAUGGAGAUCCGUAAUACGUUGCUUAGAUACAAUUGGCAAGUGUAUUUGAAUAAGGUAGUUUUUUUGUGUUUUUAUUUUCAAAAUCAUGAGAGGCCUGAAAAUGAUGGAAAGAUAAGAUACGUUUAGGUAAGUGAGAAGCGCAUGUAGGUAAGAUUGCUUGGCACGGGAAAAAAUGUAAAAACGUUUCUAAAUUAUCUGAUUUGUCUCUAUUGUCUGGUCUGUAUUCAACACAGCUAGAGGUCCUUUCUCCAAAAAUAAACAUGGGUUUGUAUUGUGCUUCACUAGCUUAAAUGAAAGUAUAUUGUUUAUUCACUAUUUU